AUGGCCAACCAGUACGCAGCAAUUGACAUGUUCUCCGUGGCGUUGAACACCUACCAGGAUCAAAAUUAUGCCCCAAAAAUAGGCCUGGUGUUCGUGCGCAUGGGUCAGUACUCUGAGGCAUGUACUAGUUUUGAGUACAUCAUGCAGGAGGAGGCUAACUUCAAGACUGGCCUGGACCUGGUCACUGCAUACUUCGCCCUCGGCGAUAAGGAACGCAUGAAGAAGGGAUUCCUGCGCUUGUUGGAGUGUCAACUGGAUAUUGAUGAUGACGAGAAGUAUACCACCACUACGGAGGACACGCAGGCCAACCUCAUACUGGAGGUGAUCCGUAACGACCCACUGCGUAAGAUGGAACGACAGAUGAAGCAGGAGGCGGAACGAUCCAUCCUCACCGCCGCCAAGCUCAUCUCUCCGGCCAUCGAAAACAACUUCAGUGAUGGUUAUAACUGGUGUUGGAAGGUAAUCUCAAAAACUUCGCAGUACGCAGACCUCUGGCCAACGACCUCCUGGAGAUCAAACAAGGCUGUGAUGUUCUGCGGCUAUGAAGAACUUCAAGGAUGCUGUGGACACUCUCAAGAUGGUUUGAGAAGAAGUCUAAGAGACCUAAGGUUGCCAGCUCCUCUACACAGUUCACUGGGCGGCGGUGCGGGCGGGGGCGGCGGUGGGUCCAGCGAUGGAUUGCGUCGACCUAUGACCAGCAUGAGGGGUACAGGCUACACCUCUCAUGGUAGCGUGUUUGAUCCAUUGCAUCAGGCUAACAAGGGACCAGCACCAGCACUCAUCUCCAAGACUGAGGAGAGUGCUGAGGAGAAGAUCAAGGCUCUGGAACGGCGCGUGAUGACACUGAUCGAGGAGUCUUGUACAGCAGCAGCGAAGGGUGAGGUGCGUCUGGCACUGGAGCGUGCCAAGGAAGCCUCCAGCAAAGAACGAUCCUUGAUACGACAGAGGGAACAAGCUGGUCUGUCUGAUGGUCAUAACCUUGACCUGACUUUCUCUGUGUUGUUCAACCUGGCCAACCAGUACGCAGCAAAUGACAUGUUCACCGAGGCGUUGAACACCUACCAGGUGAUCACCAAGGACCGCAUGUUCAACAACUCUGGCAGACUGAGAGUGAACAUGGGGAACAUUUAUUACAAGAUGAACCAAUAUAACAAGGCUGUUAAGUUCUACCGUAUGGCACUGGACCAGGUACCCAAUACCCACAAGAGUAUGAGGAUCAAAAUUAUGCACAACAUAGGCCUGGUGUUCGUGCGCAUGGGUCAGUACUCUGAGGCAUGUACUAGUUUUGAGUACAUCAUGCAGGAGGAGGCUAACUUCAAGACUGGCCUGGACCUGGUCACUGCAUACUUCGCCCUCGGCGAUAAGGAACGCAUGAAGAAGGGAUUCCUGCGCUUGUUGGAGUGUCAGCUGGAUAUUGAUGAUGACGAGAAGUAUACCACCACUACGGAGGACACGCAGGCCAACCUCAUACUGGAGGUGAUCCGUAACGACCCACUGCGUAAGAUGGAACGACAGAUGAAGCAGGAGGCGGAACGAUCCAUCCUCACCGCCGCCAAGCUCAUCUUCUCCCGGGCCAUCGAAAACAACUUCAGUGAUGGUUAUAACUGGUGUGUGGAGGUAAUCAAAAACUCGCAGUACGCAGACCUGGCCAACGACCUGGAGAUCAACAAGGCUGUGAUGUUUCUGCGGCAGAAGAACUUCAAGGAUGCUGUGGACACUCUCAAGAUGUUUGAGAAGAAGGAGACCAAGGUGGCCAGUACUGCUGCCACUAACCUCUCCUUCUUGUACUUCCUGCAGAACGAGACAGAGCUGGCAGAGAGGUAUGCCUUAAUGGCCAGGGACUCCAACGGCUACAAUGACGCAGCGCUCGUUAACCUGGGUAACUGUUGUUACCAACGCAGCGACUACGAGAAGGCGCGCGAGCACUACAUUGCUGCUUUGGACAUCGAUGCCUCUUGUGUCGAGGCACUCUAUAACCUUGGUCUGACCAAUAAGAAACUCAGUCGUUAUGAAGACGCCUUAGACUCAUUGUUGAAGAUGCACGCCAUCGUUCGUAACUACCCUCCAGUUGUUUACCAGAUUGCUCACCUCUACCAGCUCUUGAACGAUAAUGACCAGGCCUCAGAAUGGUACCUACAGCUCCUGGGCAUCGUACCAACAGACCCACACAUACACCAGCGUCUCGGUCAAAUAUUCGACUCCGAAGGCGACAAACAACAAGCCUACCAGUAUUACUUUGAUCACCCGGUGGCAGAGAAAGCCAUCAGUUACUUUGACGGCAGCCUUUUGCAGCCAGGGCCAGGAGCCAGUGCUCGCAGUGGUCGCAGCGUGCCAGGGUCGGCACUCAGUGGUGGUCGAGCCACCAGACUCUCCCUGAAUGACCUGGAUGAGAACGAGCCCUUUGUGCCGGCCAAUAAGCAAGUUGGUGAGUAACAACCUUCUUACUUACCACUUACAACAAG